AUUUAAUUGCCCUUACAUUUACAUAAUUCUCCUAGGCUUCCUGUAAAUUAUUUGUUCCUCUUGCUCUAUUAUUAUUGAUAUUUCCUGCGAUGAUCUUUGAUGUCGCAGGGCAUGAACGCAAAACGUAGACCAUUACCUAAAUUUGGAGAAUGGGAUGUAAACAAUCCAGCAUCAGCUGAAGGCUUUACGGUCAUUUUUAACAAAGCAAGAGAUCAAAAGAAAACUAAUGGAAUUGCUUUAGGUGGCAUGGGAGCUCAACAAAGGUUUAACAAUAAUAACCUUAAUCAAGUCAAUUAUCACAAACAAGAUCAAGAACACAACCAUAAAUAUAAAAAAUCCAACAAUCAACAAAGAGGAACGAGAAAAUGGCUAUGUUGUUUUUAUGCUACCUGAGUUGCUGAACCUCUAUCGUUGGUAAUGGUGGUUGAGAUUUUGAGAUGCUUGUAUAGAUGAAGGAAAAUACAACUAGUUAUUUGAUAAAUGUAAUUGUUUGGGGCAAUUUACAUAUAUUUUGAAUUUAUCUAUAUCUUUAUCUAUACCUAUAUCUAUAUUUAUAUGACUAUAUCUAUACAUGAUAUUGUGCCUUGUAUAUCAUAGUAGUAUAUGGA